AACUCUGCGCUUUAACUAGAAUCAAUGUGGUAGAGGAUUCCUCCCAAGCCUUUUCAAGGAAGUCUGAGGCAAUUAGUUCAGUCAGUAGACAGCCUGCAGCCAGCCAGUCUGGGCUGUUCCCAAUGACUAGCAAGGAAUCAAAAAGGAGAGUGGUUACAAUAAUUUCCUAUGAUCUCUGCAGUUUGGGCUUCUCUUGAGUACGACCCCCCCCCCCUUUGGAGGGUGUGUGGUUUUGGGUGGGUGAUUUUUCUCUUUUUCGGCUGCAGUUUAAAUCUUGCUUUUGGGGGGCUGUGGAGUUUGUGCGCGUCUGUGUUUAAAGUAUUCGUCGUCCGUCUGUCGGUGAAACCGGAGAGCGAUGGGCUUUGAGCUGGAUCGGUUCAACGGGGAGGUGGAUCCCGAUUUCAAAUGCAAUCUGUGCAACAAAGUUCUGGAGGAUCCUCUGACCACCCCUUGCGGUCAUGUGUUCUGCGCCGGCUGUGUGCUGCCCUGGGUCGUCCAGCAAGGCAGCUGCCCAGUGAAGUGCCAGCGGAUCUCCACCAAGGAGCUGAACCACGUCCUGCCCUUGAAGAGCCUCAUCCUCAAGCUGGACAUCAAGUGCGCCAACCGGGCGCGGGGCUGCGAGAAGGUGGUCAAGCUGCAGCACUUAGCCGAGCACGCCGAGAUGUGCGACUACUCGCCCGCCAAGUGCCGCCACAAGGGCUGCGCCGAGGUGCUCAACUUGCGCGACGUGGACGCGCAUAUGCGCGAGAGCUGCGAGGCCCGGCCGGUGGGCAUCUGCGAGCAGGGCUGCGGCUUGGUGCUGACCCACCGCGAGCACAAGGCCGGCGCCCACUGCUGCCUGCAGGCGCUCAAGGCGCACAACGGCGCCCUGCAAGCCAAGCUCGCCGGCCUGGAGAAGGAGCUCAAGAAGGAGGCGCUGCGAGCCGGCAAGCGCGAGAAGUCGCUCCUCUCGCAGCUCUCGGCCGUGCAGCUCGAGCUCCAGAUGACAGCGCUGCGCUACCAGAAGAAGUUCACCGAGUACAGCGCCCGCCUCGACUCGCUCGGUCGCAGCCUGGCCGCCUCCUCGCCCAGCAAGGGUGAAGAGACUAAAGCGCUGACUCUUGUCCUUCAUCGUGAUUCUGGGUCUCUUGGAUUUAAUAUAAUUGGUGGCCGGCCAUGUAUGGACAAUCAAGAUGGCUCAUCUAGUGAAGGAAUUUUUGUUUCUAAAAUAGCUGACAGUGGGCCUGCUGCCAAAGAAGGAGGGCUGCAGAUUCAUGACAGGAUUACUGAAGUAAAUGGAAAAGAUUUAUCUAAAGCAACUCAUGACCAGGCAGUAGAAGCAUUCAAAACUGCUAAGGAUCCCAUUGUAGUGCAGGUCCUGCGGAGAGCACCACGCACCAAGAUCUUCAGUCCAUCUCAUGAAUGUCUCCUGGUAGAUAUGGGCACUCAGACGGAUAUCACCUUUGAACACAUCAUGGCUCUUACCAAGAUGGGCUCACCAACCCCACCAGUUACUGUACUGGAUCCAUAUCUCUUACCUGAGGAGCAUUCAUCAGGGCACGAAUACUAUGACCCAAAUGAUUACAUGGGAGGCAUUCAUCAAGAAAUGGACAGAGAGGAGCUAGAAUUAGAGGAAGUAGAUUUGCAUCGAGUGAACAGCCAGGACAAAUUUGGGCUAACUGUGUGUUACAGAACUGAUGAUGAAGAUGAUUUUGGCAUUUAUAUCAGCGAGAUUGAUCCAAACAGCAUUGCUGCAAAAGACGGUCGCAUCAGAGAGGGAGAUCGUAUAAUUCAAAUUAAUGGCAUAGAGAUACAGAAUCGAGAGGAAGCCGUGGCACUUCUUACCAGUGAAGAGAGCAAGAAUGUGUCAUUGCUCAUAGCAAGACCAGAAAUUCUCCAGCUGGACGAAGGAUGGAUGGAUGAUGACAGAAAUGAUUUUCUGGAUGACUUGCACAUGGACAUGUUAGAAGAACAGCACCACCAGGCAAUGCAGUUUACUGCCAACAUGCUUCAGCAGAAGAAGAAAAAUGAAGAGGAUGGAGGCACAACAGAUACUGCAACUAUUUUAUCAAACCAACAUGAGAAAGACAGCGGUGUAGGUCGUACUGAUGAAAGCACUCGGAAUGACGAAAGCUCAGAGCAAGAGAACAAUGCCGAUGAUCACACUGCGUCCUUAAACACCUUGGGAAGCCAGAAGAAGUUGACAUACAGCCAUGACACGCUAGGUAGCGGAGACAUGCAGUUCAGCAACGAGUCAUUUAUUUCAGCCGACUGCACUGACGCAGACUUCCUCGGCAUCCCAGUGGACGAAUGCGAGAGAUUCCGUGAACUGCUAGAACUGAAAUGCCAGGUGAAGUCCACAAAUCCAUACAAUCUGUAUUACCACAACAGCAUCCUGGAUAUGAGUAAAAGUGACCACGAAAGCGUGGACAGAGAGCUGGAGAUGCUGAACGAGGAACUGCGCAAUAUUGAGCUGGAGUGUCUCAAUAUCGUGAGAGCUCACAAGAUGCAGCAGCUGAAAGAACAGUACCGAGAGCCAUGGAUGCUACAUAACAGUGGCUUCCGCAACUACAACACGAGCAUUGAUGUGCGCCGACAUGAGCUCUCAGACAUUACUGAGCUCCCUGAGAAAUCAGACAAGGACAGCUCCAGUGCAUACAAUACAGGGGAAAGCUGCCGAAGCACACCUCUCACCCUGGAGAUCUCCCCCAACAACUCUUUAUGCAGGACAGCAGAAGGUCUCAAUUUGCAAGGCAACGAGGGCGCAGAAAGUCAGAAAACUUUGCUGACUAGCCCAGAAAGCCAUGAAUCCAGCACUGCUAAAUCACACCCUAAAGAUGCUGACCUUAGCAAGCAGCUGGAAAUCAAAGAGAGGAAAGCCAGUGAUGGGAGCAAAAGCCCAUCUCAACCUCCAAAACCAGGGAGCUCGUACUUGUCUUCCUACCACCACUCUCCAUAUAAACAUGCUCAUAUUCCUGCCCAUGCCCAACACUAUCAGAGUUAUAUGCAGUUGAUACAGCAGAAGUCAGCAGUGGAAUAUGCCCAAAGCCAAAUGAGUUUAGUGAGCAUGUGCAAAGAUUUGAACUCUUCAAACCAGAGUGAAUCAAGGAUGGAGUGGAAAGUCAAGGUCAGGAGUGAUGGUACCCGCUACAUUACCAAGAGGCCAGUAAGGGACAGGCUGUUGAGAGAGAGAGCCAUAAAGAUUAAGGAAGAGCGUAGUGGCAUGACUACAGAUGAUGAUGCCAUAAGUGAAAUGAAGAUGGGUCGUUACUGGAGUAAGGAGGAGCGGAAGCAGCAUCUUGUGAAAGCAAAGGAGCAGAGGAAAAGGCGCGAGUUUAUGAUGCAGAGCCGGUUAGAGUGUUUAAAAGAACAGCAAGGGGCUGAGGAGAAGAAGGAAAUGAAUAUCAUAGAACUGAGCCACAAGAAAAUGAUGAAGAAAAGGAAUAAAAAGAUAUUUGACAAUUGGAUGACAAUCCAAGAACUCUUAACCCAUGGCACAAAGUCACCUGAUGGCACAAAAGUUUACAACUCCUUCCUGUCGGUGACUACUGUAUAAUCCUCCUGUGCCAAAGUUAUGUACAUAAAACCCUACCAUUGGGGUAGAGAUUCCUGCCUCGUUCAAUGUGGCAAUACUUUUUUGUGUGUAUAUAAGACACAUGCAUCGAGUUUAUAAUAAAUACUGAACUCGGGGUGCAAAUGUUCUCAAAGAGGAAAGUCAUCCACCCAACUCUUUAAAGGCAAUAUGGAAUAGACAGAGCUUAUUUGGAAUACCAAUAGUACCUUUUUUUUAGUAACUUGUUACCCUUUUACAUAAAGUGUUUUAAAUAUCAGGAAAAGCAUAUUAAUCAUACUUACACAGGUAAUAUCUUUUAAAACUAUAUUCAUAUUUUAAAAGGUUACACAUGCAGAAACACAAAAGACAACUUCAAAUAUGUAUUUUUAACAAAACAGUAUUUUGCAAUAUAUCUUUGCUAUUGAGCCCUUUUUCUGCACAUGUUGCUGUUUUAUCAAUAUUUUAGCUGAACUACCAAACUUGAUAGAAUCAUUUUGCAGUAAUAUGCACCGUUUAUCAAUUUGGCUGUGUCUUUGGGGUUGUGUGUACAUACUGUUUCCCCUGUUGGUGUACAGCACAUGCCUACCCAGCUUAUGACCAAUGAAGCCAAAUGGAACCCAGCAAGCAUAUAUGGUUUCCCAUCAUGGACUUAGAAAACUGUCUGAUGUUGUUGCCGGCAGGAACAGCAAAAACAGGCUGUUUAAAUGUCAGUCUAAAGUAUUUCUGGCAAGCCCUUUGGCUUUGUGGAUCACCAGUUGUGUAGAGCAGUGUGUUGCGAUGUGGUAGUGACUGCUGCAAGCAUCUGGGUAGCUGCAACCCCACUUCCAAGCAGUAACUAGAUGUAAUUCUCUGAGUUAGGUGAUGCAUUUCUGGGUGGGGGAACAGCAGUCUAUCAGUCAUUAGCAUGGGGAAAGAGGGCACUUUGGAUAAACAUAUUGUGCUCACAACUCCUCAAGAGUUCUGGCUUAGGACGACACAGGUUUUUGUUCUCUCUUUCUGUGGUUUCUGAAGGAAGUACGUAGGUAUCACUUGAAAGAACAGAAGCAAACUGCUGCAUGCUGCAGCUCUGAAGGAUUUUGAAGCAAGAGUGCCAAGGCUGUGGCCUGUCAAAAGAAUGUGCAUGUAUGUCUAAUGUUUUUCAAGACUGUUUGUGUAAUUUUGAAAUGCCCAUUGUAGUAGCUGUCUGCUUUGUAGAGUUGAAUGUAUUGGAAUUGAGAGCAGUUUUCAUGAAAUCAUGACUAGCUAUAUACAUUAACAAGUAAAAUGAAGUUAAAAAUAAAUUAUUGUUUUAUAUUUCA